AUGGCGCCGAGAUGCAGACCCUCCGCUGGCGUCGGGAAUCACCCCAUGGCCAGAAAGGCGGAGCCCGAAGGAUAUGGCUGCCCAUCACUGGUCCAACCUAUGGUUAGAGGAGCGGUGCAAGCCCCGGCGGCAGAUGGAGAGGAGGGGCGCCGAAUACUGAGAUUUGCUUUUUGGACGGAGAGAAUUAAAGCCGAGAGGGAGUGGAUCUGUUGGUCAACUUUGAUUGAGUUCCUCCAUUUCCCCUAUGGCGUCUCUGCAACUACCACUCUCCCUCCUCAUAUUUUCUCUCUCCAUACUCUCCACCGCCUCCAAGCCAUACUAGCCGCUGCCUACGCCUCAGUCCAUCAUCGACGCCGCCGAAACCCUGGCCACUCGGGGUACACCGCCAUGUCCCUCACCCUCCAUCUCAUCGCCCCCGCCCAGCCCCUCCCCGCCGGACUCCGCCUUCUCCGCCUACGGUAA